AUGGCACAAUCACUACAAGUUGCCCCGAAAUUACAAGAUGAAGUAGAAGCUAUCCAGCCUGCCAAUAGCGGCGACUCUGACAACCCGUUCAACUGGCCUACUCGAACCAAAUGGACCGUCACGCUAACCACCUGUUUUGUGUGUUUUAUCGUCGGCUUGAAUGCAACUGGAAUCGCAAGUGCCCCGACUCCAAUAAAUGAUCGCUUCAACGUCUCAGAUGAGAGCUUCCCCAACUCCUUCUGGCCUGUUGCAUCAUGGACUAUCGGGGCCGCUAUCGUGCCGAUGGUUGUGCUCCCUCUGAUGGAGAAACAUGGCACUAGAGUGGGCUAUAUAUCUUGCUACGCCAUUUUCUUUGUAUUUGUCGUCCCUCAAGCUGUAGCACCAAAUUUUGCUACCCUCAUCGUGUGUCGGUUCAUUUCUGGGAGCGCUGCCGGUGUACUCCAGAAUGGCAUGGAUGGUAUUAUUGCUGAUAUAUGGGACGGCCCUGUCCAGCGAAGCCUGCCUGUCACAAUAUAUGUCACUGCUUUGCUGGCUGGUAUUAGCCUAGGGCCUGUGUAUGGCGGAGUCGUGGUCCACAAUCUCUAUUGGCGAUGGGUCUUCUAUAUUCAGCUGGUUAUAUACGGUGUCACGUUCAUUGUAGUCUUGCUCGCAAUGAAAGAGACACGUAGUCCAGUCAUUCUUUCGAAACGUUUGAGGAGAGAAGGCAAGGAGAAGAGUAAUGAUUCUGUGUCAACUCAAGACGGCAGCUCUCCGCCGUCACCAGCAAAGUUCCUGUACGACACGCUUAUUCUUCCUGCACGUCUGCUCUGCACCGAGCCAGUGGUAUUCUUUUUCACACUCUUGUCAGCUCUCUCAUAUGGCAUUGCAUUUAUCAGCACCCAAAGCGUCACGCAAGUUUUUGUUACAAACUUUGCCUUUGCAGAGUACGAGGCGGGGCUUGUCCAGGCAUCGAUAGUCGUUGGCGAGAUUCUUGGCUUCAUUGCCUGCCUUUUCCAGAACGCCUGGUAUGCGCGCGUGGGACGGGCAAACCCUCACAAGUCCGAGGCGGACAUUUCUGAAAUCCGGCUGUACUCGAGCAUACCCGCCAGUUUCAUCGGGCUUGCCGGCGGCUUAUUUUGGUAUGGAUGGACGAGUUAUGCCUCGCUUCCUUGGAUUCUGCCAGCGAUCGGCCUCGCCAUGACCAUGUUUGGAGUCACGGUUGUCAUGCAGGCGAUUAUGAUGUACAUCACAGAUGCGUACGCCAAAUACGCUGCGAGUGCGAGCGCUGCUGUGUGUUUUGGCGAAAACAUGUUUGCGGCGUUUCUGCCGCUGGCCGCGCAGAGCUUGUAUACCAACCUGGGGUUCCAGUGGGCAAGUUCUCUGCUGGGGAUGUCGCAUGGCAUUGCUCGCCUAUCGCAGCGGUUGCGGAGGAAGAUAGGGAGCGACUCAGUGGAGAAGUUCACGAAGCAGAAGAAGAAGCUGAGGCGGCCGCGACCCGACGGGCAACAAGCGGGACCAGACUCCUCCUGCGGCGACCUUACCAUCUCCCAUCCGCAUCCCGACCACCACCACCACCACCGCCAGUUGGCUUCUGGCUUGCACGAGUCCGACUCCUUCUCCUCGUCUAUCCCUGUCGACUACCUGUCUUCGGUCGAAGAUCUCGCCAGUCGCGGCCGUGGUGCUGCGGCCUGCGUUUCUGCUCCGUCCAUCCCCGACGAAGAGGCACCAAGUGGACAGCGACAGCGACAGCAACAGCAACAGCAACAACAACGCACAUCGCAGCACUCUCCCACCGAUACUGACGACGUGGGGACUAUAUACGAUCGAGAGGACGUCGAGAAACCACCGCCCCUGUCGUCGACUAAUCUAGACGACCGUGCCACUAUCUCUUUGGGUCAAUCCGCUCUUUUAGCCACCACCGGCGGCACUACAUACUCUCCGACUACGCCCUCGACCUCUUUUGCAAACCCUCAUAGCCGUCAUAUUGCAAAUUCUGGAACUAGUACAUCUACUCCUGUCAGUUUCUCCCAGACCGUCGACGAGCGCGACGGUGCCAGUCCCGCGGCUAUUAGCAGCGACGGCAACGAUACUAUCGAGGAAUUGCCCCCGGGUCAGAAUCCGAGCACGUCGCACUCGACCGCUAUAACACGGAAGCAAUCUUUAAUACCGCAGUCGCAGCAAUAUCUAGUAAACCGUGUGCUUGGAAGUGGCCUACAUCAUCGCGACAGCGAUCCAUUCGCUUUGCCAUAUCAACCCCCGGCUCCGAUGGCCCCGCGAAAGAUAUGGGUCAAACGACCCGAUGCCUCGGCCACGCUUGUGUCGAUGUCCGAGGAUAGUGUCGUUGAUGAGUUACGAGAUCACGUCUUACGGAAAUACUCCAAUUCUCUUGGUAGAACAUAUGAUUCCCCGGAUUUGACGGUACGGAUAUGCCCUCGGGCUCCGCUAGGUCCGGAUCGAAUCUUGAGCCCCGAGGAGUCGUUGUUUGCGUUGAUUGACCAGAACUACCCUGGCGGUCAGACGAUGGCCGAGGCUCUCGUCGUCGAGGCUCCCCAGCGCCGGACGCCCAUAAAGCCUUCUCCUCGACAGUCCUAUUACUAUCAUGCCGAACCCGGUGAACAGGGCGAAUAUUUUCCUCUGAUGCCCGUUCCAAUCAGCAUUGGGACCCCGCCUGCGCAUCCAUCUAGCUCUAGUGCUAGUAAUGUGAGCACACACCAAACUCCCUCCAUGUCCGUUCUCACCACAGGCAAGGUUCCCCCUCUACCGUCACCUGGAAGCCGGGCAAAUCGACACGCCUCCUGGCGCCCACCAUUUGUGCGCCAUCCAACCAGCUCGCCGACUUUGAUAGGUGGAGCGAAAGAGCAAAAUUUGGCGGUGAACGGACAGGCAGUGCCACCGCAAGCUUCUCUGCCUACUCCGCCAGCGCCGGCAGCACCGCCAUCAGAAUCUCCAACUCACAAUGUGCUGAACCCCCCUGUGGCGGUACCAUCGCCGCGACCAGUCCGAAGAACCAAAAAGGUAGCAUCUCCAAGAAACAAUACUGCUUUUGGGGGGCUCAUUGAAGGAACUGUUCCGCCGAUUAACGUGCUUAUUGUGGAAGACAACGUUAUCAAUCAAAAGCUCCUAGAGGCUUUCAUGAAGCGUCUCAGUGUCCGAUGGCAGUGUGCACCUAAUGGCGAAGUUGCGGUUAAGAAGUGGCGUCAAGGUGGCUUUCACCUGGUGCUGAUGGACAUCCAACUCCCAGUCAUGAACGGUUUGGAUGCGACUAAAGAAAUCCGACGGUUGGAAAGACUAAAUGGAAUUGGUGUCUUUUCCAAAACGGUUUCUGGUCGUUCGAGAGCCGAGUCUACAGGACCAGGUGCCGAGGGUUCGCUAAAGGAGGAAGACACAUUGCAGGAUCUGUCUCUAUUUAAGAGUCCUGUGAUUGUGGUGGCAUUGACGGCCAGCAGUUUACAGAGUGACCGACAUGAAGCUUUAGCUGCUGGCUGCAAUGAUUUCUUAACCAAGCCUAUAGGAUUUCCUUGGCUAGAGCAAAAGGUCACAGAAUGGGGCUGCAUGCAAGCCUUGAUCGAUUUUGAAGGAUGGCGAAAGUGGCGAGGCUACGAGGACUCGCCGCAAAAUACGAACUCGACACAACUAGUAUCAUCACCUACCCAAAAAGGUGGCUUUCAAGCCGUGAAGGCGCUUGGCACCAAACCAACGAGUAAAGUCUCUGUUGUCGAGGGAGACUCUUCCGGUAGCAGCAGCGGCAAAGACGAAGAUGGCGAGAACCACGGGCCCGUUAAAUCGACGGUGCCUGCGUAA